AUGGAGAGCCUGCUGGGCUUCUUCUUAUCAGCUCAGCGCCUUGCUGAAGGGCAUGGCCAACAGCUCUCCACCUGCCGACUUUCUCCUGGACGUGGUUUCGGGAUGGAUGCAAAGCUGCUCACAGCAUCGAUCAGCCAGUGUGGUAAAAGCAUGCACUGGAGGAAGGCACUUCUAUUGCUGCACGAGAAUGCGCAACAGCAACAGGCCAACAUCAUAACCUACAGCGCUGCCAUCCAUGCUUGUGUCCAGGGCACCGAAUGGCGGUGGUCAUUGCAACUGCUGGAGGAUCUGGGCGCGAGGCUUAUUCACGCGAACGAGAUCGCGUACAACUCGGCAAUCACAUCUUGCUCACUUGCCGGUGACUGGCAACGUGCUCAAUGGUUGCUUGAGGACUGUGACUCGAGAGACUUGCAACCAAACGUGAUAACCUACAGCUCAGCUAUCAGCGCGCAUAAAGCAAGCGGAAACUGGGAGUUGGCCUUGUCUUUACUUUGCGACAUGCGUGAGUUGGUCAUCCAAGCAAACCAUAUCACGUACAAUGCGGUCAUCAGCACAGCCGAGAGCGGAGGCUAUUGGCAAGUUGCCGUGUGCCUGCUGCACCAGAUGGAAGUGUGCCAAGUUCAGGCAUCUGCAGUCACUUACACCUCUGUGAUCAGCGCUUGCAAGGGUGAGGGAAAGUGGCAACUCGCGUGGAGCCUGUUGGACGACUUACAAGAUGUGGAUGUGCAAGCUUCUGUCAUCUUGUUCAAUGCCGCCAUCUGUACAUGCGAGCAUGUUGCAAAUUGGCAACAAGCUUUGCUUGUUCUGCAGACUCUCCCCAGCCGGCAAGUGCUGCCAGACGUCAUCACAUUCAAUGCCGUGAUCAGCGUCCUGUCAUCCGCCCGAGAGUGGCAGCGGGCGGAGCAGCUGCUCGUAGAGCUUCCCGCGUUGUUGAUCCAAGCGAACAUCAUCACAGCAAAUGCCAUCCUUUGUGCCUACGAAGUCGCUGGCGGCUGGGCUCGGGCUCAGUGCCUUCUCCAGGACUUGGAUGCACAAAAGCUGCAAGCAAACAUCGUUUCCUACAACACGGCCAUCAGCGCAUGUGCAUGGGACGGAGAGUGGCAAAAGGCUUUGGGCUUCCUGCGCGAAGUGCUUGCGCGAGAACUUCAUCCUGACGUCUUCACCAUGGUCGCGGCCAUCAGCGCCUGCGACCGGGCUGGGGUGUGGCAGAGGGCUCUUGAACUCUUCAUGCACCUGAACGAGGAGCACUUGGAAGCCAAUGUGUUUGCCUACAAUGCCGCGAUCAGUGCUUGUCAACGCGCAGGUCAGUCCUUGCGGGGGGAGCGACUGCUUCAAGAGAUGCAGCAGAAGGCUGUGCGAGCAAACGUGAUCUCCUACAACUCGGCACUCCGCGCUUACGAGCGGGGAGGCCGCUGGCAGAUGGCGCUGGUGCUUCUUGAGGAGCUCGAGGCAAGGUCCAUGCAGGCUGAUGCUGUAACAUACAACAUCCUCCUGAGCAUCCUCGAGAAAAGUCGUCAGUGGCAGAAAGCCAAGUGGCUACUCCGGGAGCUCCAUGGUCGUCGGGUCGAGCGCAGCUUGGUUGCCUACAACUCAGCAAUCAGUGCAUGCGAGAAGGGUGGUAAGUGGCAGCAGGCGCACCAGCUUCUGCUGGAACUGUGUAGUGAGGUACAGCCAGACGUGAUAUCAUACAAUGCAGCCAUUGGCGCUUGUGAGAGGCAAGGGGCGUGGCAGCAUGCACAAUCUUUGCUGCGUGAACUGGGCCAGAAGGACAUCAAGCCAAACCUGAUUAGCUACAGCUCCUCAAUCAGUGCUUGUGAAAGAGACUAG